GACUUCUCUUUGAGAAAGGGGUGUCAAUUGCAUUUAGGGACCAGUUGAUCCAAUCCAUAAUUCCUCCUUUAGGUUUUAGAGAACAGACUGUGAAAGAAUGUUCCAGGGAAAAGUAAUAAAAAACACGAGACAAGACAAGGACAUGAGGAGCUAAGCAGGAAAGAUAAGGGAGAGGAGAGGAGAAAAAGUGCGACUGCCUUCGCUGAGAGGCAAACGAGAACUCCCUAAUCAGUUUUUAAUUACCAACAAAAUUAAAGAUAUUUCUUAUAAAUUAAUACACAGAAUUUACCCAUCUAAAGAUUAUCUUCAAAGCAAAUUCAAAUUAGACAUUGAUACAAACUGAAGCUUUUGUAAAACUUGCAAGGAAUCUACUAUACAUCUUUUUUGGUUUUGUAACCUUGUGCAAGACUUUUGGCAGAGUGUAUGUGUUUUUAUCUCAGAAAAUGUAUUUAAAGGAUUUGUACUGUUUUGGAAAUAUGUAUUAUUUGGUCUACACAAAAACCAAAGACAAUUCAACAUGGAUAACAGAUAUGUGAUUAACUUGUUAAUCUUAAAGGCUAAAUUUCAUAUUCACAAAUCCAAAUGUUUAGGAAGACAUCCCUCUUUCUAUGUAUUCUCCUUUGAGCUUGUGCAAUAUCUUAAUUCAAUUAAGAACUCUACUAACCCAAAAGCUAUAAAAACUAUGGUUGUAUGUGAAAAAAUGAAGAUCCUUCAAUCACUUUAUUCUUUGGCUUAAUCAGUUAAACUUUUCCCCCUAGCAUGUGUAUAUUGUAGGUUCUGAUUAUUGUUUAUUUAUUUGUUUGUUUAUGGUUUACAAUUUUUUGUAAGUACAACACCUUUAAUGUAAUACUGUUUUGUACUGAUGUUUAAAUAAAGGUUUGAAAAGAAAAAAAGAUGUUGUACAUUAUAUUUUUGUGCAACCCCCCCCCCCACAAAAACAUAACUGUCGCAAUGUUUGCAAAGAGAGGAUGCGACGUAAGAUUUGCGCAUGCGUGGUACCGAUCGGGUUUCCGGUACGGAUCGGGUAGUGACAGAGCGCUAGUAGCGUUAGCCUGUUAUUGGUCUUGUUGCGGAUGGCUGUGUAGCCGAUGAGUGUGGCACAUUGUUGCAGCAGCAAUGUCUUCAGUUGGUGGGUGGAGGAGAGUCAUUGGCGUGAGGCUGGAUGGAGCAUUUGAGGGAAUCUUCACAGAGUUUGAAAGUAAAAUGGAGCAGUGCGAGACGGAAGUGGAGCAUCAGCGCAGACUGCUGGAAAUCAUCCGGAACCCCGAAAUAAAGCUGCACAGAAUAGACCAACGCUGUAUCUGUACAAAGAAGGAGGAGGAAGAGGAAAUCUCUAUCCAGGAGAAGAAUGCCAGUCUGGAUCCGGAGGAUCAAAAACCUUCACUGAUUAAAGAGGAGCAGGAGGAGCUGUGCAUUAGUGAGAAAGGAGAGCAGCUUGUGCUAAAGCAGGAAAGUGAUGCCUUCAUGGUGACUCCUGUUUGUGAGGGCAGUGCCGAGCUUCUGUCCUGUUCUGUACCUGAGAGUCGAGAACAGGAAGGAGUCAACUCAGGAAUGCCCUUAAAAAUGGAACCAAAACCAAAGGAGGUCUGUAACAACGCAGACACAGACAACGGGCCGUAUUCCUGCAUGACAUGUGGGAAGGUUUUCGGCUACAGCGCUUCCUUCAAGCUCCACAUGAAAAGCCACACAUUUGAGAGGCCGUACUUCUGUGAAAAGUGCGGCAAAACGUUCAGAAAAAGCGAUAAGCUGCUGCUGCACAUGAGAACGCACACGGGGGAAAAGCCGUACCUCUGCAUCACCUGCGGAAAAAGCUUUAACGACCCGUCGGCGUUCAGGAGGCACAGGGCCAUACACACCGGCGAGAAGCGGCAUUCUUGCGUAACCUGCGGCAAACGUUUCUUCCACAGCAACAGCUUUCUCUGCCACAUGAGAACCCACACGGGCGAGAGGCCUUACCUCUGCACCACCUGCGGGAAUAGAUUUAUCAACGCCUCAAAGCUUAAAAGGCACAUGAGGACACACACGGACGAGAAGCCUCACGUCUGUAACACCUGCGGGAAGAGGUUCAUUCGCCUUUCCAGGUUGAGGAGUCACACGAGGAUUCACACGGGCGAGAAGCCGUACUCAUGCCAAAUAUGCCAGAAGGACUUCGCCUACACCUCUUCCUUGAAGGUCCACAUGAGAGUCCACACAGGCGAGAAGCCGUACGUUUGUGAGAAAUGUGGGGAAAGUUUCAGUCAGGCGGGGAGCCUAACCUCCCACAUGAGAAGUCACAUAGGUGAAAAAAUGUCCAGAAACACCUGUGAGGAGAAAAUUUGAGUGAAAAUGAGUUGAUUAGGUUUUGGUUUAAAGAGGGUUGUGUAACUUUACUGUGCGUUAUACUGUACAAGAUGAGUCUGCCAUUAGAUUCAAGUCUAAUGUUGCGCUUAUGUGGUGCGUCAGUGGUAAUGCUCCAGUUGCACUGCGGGACGCAGCAGAGGACUGCAAAAAAAAUGGCUUUAAGGUCUGAAAAUUGAAGCCUGCAGUCUUUUUAAUGACCAGCAGGAGGCGACUCCUCUGGGUUGUAUGGAGUUUAUUGAUUCAUGAUCUCAGUGAACGCUUUCCUGUUCGUUUCUGGACUCAAACGCUGGUUUUAGGUUAUAUUUCAUAAAACGUGAAGCACAUUUUGUACAUUAGGCUCUGUAAUAAAGGCAGAUGAGGAUUAACAAAGUAUAUUUACUGUCUGACAUCCUGGGCAGAAGCUCCCCCACUUGUUUCAACACCAAGAUGGUAAAAAACAGCUUGAGGCUUCAUGACAUGAUGUCAUGGUGGAUACAUCCAUCUUUUAGAUGCAGUUUGUGGAGGCAUCUUUUUAUGAUGAAAUCCUUAAAAUCUGAGAAUUCACCAGCACUUCUGAAGCGUUACAUCUCUCAUUGUAAUAUAUGUAUGUUGGAUUAUGUGUUAGUGUCUCGUGUAUAUGAGAGGACUACAGACUUGUUUUUUAAUAAAUAAUAUAAGAUGGGAAGGAGUGAUGAAAUGAGAGGCCGGCUGGCUCUUGUGGUUCAUCUACAUCAGUUGAAAUCUGAAAAAUCGGCCCUGCCAGUUUUUGUUUUUCUUCUAUUUUUAAAGGAUUUUUUCUUUGUAAACAAAAAAAUGUAGUCUCAAAGAGUGUAAAAGACAAUAAAAAUUCUUUUCAAUACCAA